AUGGCGUCGACUCUCAACCGUACGGAGAGAUGGUCACUCCUGCUCGUCACAGGAGGCUCGCUGGCAGUGCUAGCAAAUACAUUCCAGGGCGACGGCGCGCCAUUGGUGGCCUCCCUGGCUUUUUCCACCCUGGCAUUCUCUAUGACCUAUGCUUUUGUACGAUGGUCAGGUCCAGCUUUUGUGAAAGCCGGUCUGAAAGGCAAGGACAUGAGCAAGAUCCCGGCAAAAGAGAUUCCUGAAUCCAUGGGAGCAGUCGCUGCGGCGGUCUACAUCCUGGCAUUGAUGGCAUUCAUUCCCUUUGCAUUCUACAAGGACAUUGUGGCGGCUACUUCGGGCGGAGGAAAUCGAGAUGUCGUGGUGACCAUCACUGAGGUCGAGACGGGCCGCUUCUUGCACCGGUUCCCACACUCGAAAUUAUCCUCAUAUCAAUCGGCACUCAACACUCUGCAAGCCACCACCAUCCUCGGGAUAUGCGACGACAUUCUCGAUCUCCGGUGGAGACACAAAUUCUUCAUUCCAGCAGUGGCCUCACUCCCGCUCCUCAUCGUCUACUACGUCGAUUUCGGAGUGACGUCGGUCGUGGUGCCUACUUUCCUGGUGCCGUACAUGCCGAAUCAAGCGCGCCUCAUCAACUUGUCGUUCCUAUACUAUUUGUACAUGUCAGCUCUCUCCAUCUUUGCCCCGAACUCGAUCAAUAUUCUCGCCGGCAUCAACGGCAUCGAAGUCGGACAGUCACUCGUCCUUGCAGGCCUUCUCAUCCUCAAUUCGGCGCUUUAUUUGGUUCCUUUUCCUGGAAACCCGGUCCUGAACCACGCCUAUGCCAUACGUCCUCAUCCGGCUACUGACGCACAUCUCAUGACGCUGUACAUUCUCUUGCCAUUCCUGGCUGUAUCAACAGCACUGUAUAUCCAUAACCGGUAUCCGGCCAAAGUAUUCGUCGGGGACACCUUCUGCUACGUCGCGGGCAUGACUUUUGCAGUCGUGGCUAUCACAGCCCAUUUCAGCAAAACUCUGCUCUUGCUCCUCAUUCCUCAAAUCGUCAACUUCAUCUACAGCGUACCACAGCUCUUUCACAUCAUUCCAUGUCCCCGGCAUCGACUGCCCAAAUUCAAUGCGAGGACGGGUCUGCUUGAACCUAGUGUGACGCCCUGGUCUGCAGAAAGACCUCCGAGUAAGUUUUUGACUGCAGUUUUCUUCACCUUGGAGAAGCUUCGUCUUAUCCAAGUCACUGUGGAUCCAAAGACGAAUCGAAUAUCAGCCACCUCGAAUCUUACCAUCAUCAAUCUGUGGCUGGUAUGGAGGGGCCCGAUGAGAGAGGAUCAGUUGACGAAGGAGCUGCUUGUGAUGCAGACGUGUUGCGGCCUUGUCGGAUUGUUCGUCAGACAUACGAUGGCUCGGCUCAUCUUUAGCGUAGAUAAUCGGGGAUCGCUCAGCCAAGGGGAGCUCGGGAUGACACAGACACAGCUCAAAGCCACCUAG